AUGUCACGUUCAACUAGGUCUAGAGAAAGAAGAGAGAAUGACGCCAACUCAGAAGAUAACAGUUCAGAAACCUCCAAUCAAGAGCGCCGAAGGUGUCGCCAAGGCCCGCCCCGCCCUCCCUAUCCACCUCUUUUACCCCCCGUGUUCCCUCCCCCAGCCCCCCCACCUCAAGUCCGGCGGACCCGGGGGCUUCAGGAUCUGGGAGCUAUGAAAAGUGUCUGCCCAGGUACUUCCGGUUUUUCUUCCCCCAAUCCCUCUGCUGCUUCUGCUGCUGCUCAGGAGGUCAGAUCUGCCACUGAUGGUAAUACCAGCACCACUCCGCCCACCUCUGCCAAGAAGAGAAAGUUAAACAGCAGCAGCAGUAGCAGCAGUAACAGUAGUAACGAGAGAGAAGACUUUGAUUCCACCUCUUCCUCUUCCACCCCUCCACAACCCAGAGAUUCAGCAUCCCCUUCAACCUCGUCCUUCUGCCUCGGGGUUCCAGUGGCCAGUUCCAGCCACGUACCUAUACAGAAGAAGCUGCGUUUUGAAGACACCCUGGAGUUGGUAGGGUUUGAUACGAAAAUGGCUGAGGAAUCUUCAUCUUCAUCAUCGCCAACUGCUGCAACCUCACAGCAGCAGCAGCAACUUAAAACUAAGAGUAUGUUAAUUUCUUCUGUGGCAUCAGUGCACCAUGCAAACGGCCUGGCUAAAUCUUCUACCACCACGGUCUCUAGCUUUGCUAACAGCAAGCCUGGCUCAGCUAAGAAGUUAGUGAUCAAGAACUUUAAAGAUAAGCCUAAAUUACCAGAAAACUAUACAGAUGAGACAUGGCAAAAGCUAAAAGAAGCAGUGGAAGCCAUUCAGAAUAGUACUUCAAUUAAGUACAAUUUAGAAGAACUCUACCAGGCUGUAGAAAAUCUUUGUUCUUACAAGAUAUCUGCGAAUUUAUAUAAGCAGCUGAGGCAGAUCUGUGAAGAUCACAUCAAAGCACAGAUUCAUCAGUUCAGAGAGGAUUCAUUGGAUAGUGUUCUUUUUCUAAAAAAGAUCGAUAGAUGCUGGCAAAAUCAUUGUAGGCAAAUGAUAAUGAUCAGGAGCAUUUUUUUGUUUCUGGAUAGAACUUAUGUUCUUCAGAAUUCAAUGCUACCCUCCAUUUGGGACAUGGGAUUAGAGUUAUUUAGGGCUCAUAUUAUAAGUGACCAAAAAGUCCAGACAAAAACAAUUGAUGGCAUCCUUCUCUUGAUUGAGAGAGAGCGGAAUGGUGAAGCAAUUGAUAGAAGUUUACUUCGAAGCCUUUUAAGUAUGCUAUCUGAUUUGCAGAUUUACCAAGACUCUUUUGAACAACGAUUUUUGCAAGAAACUAAUCGGCUUUAUGCAGCUGAAGGUCAGAAGUUAAUGCAAGAAAGAGAGGUUCCUGAGUAUCUUCAUCAUGUUAAUAAACGCCUAGAAGAAGAAGCAGACAGACUUAUUACUUACUUAGAUCAGACCACCCAGAAGUCACUAAUUGCUUCUGUUGAAAAACAACUUCUAGGUGAACACUUAACAGCAAUUCUUCAGAAAGGUUUAAAUAGCCUCCUUGAUGAAAACCGAAUUCAAGAUUUGUGUCUCCUGUAUCAGCUUUUCAGUAGAGUUCGGGGUGGAGUUCAGGUUCUCUUACAGCAGUGGAUUGAGUAUAUCAAGGCUUUUGGAAGUACCAUUGUUAUUAAUCCUGAAAAGGAUAAAACUAUGGUUCAAGAAUUAUUGGACUUUAAAGAUAAAGUUGACUAUAUAAUUGAUACCUGCUUUCUGAAAAAUGAAAAAUUUAUCAAUGCCAUGAAAGAAGCAUUUGAAACAUUCAUUAAUAAAAGACCAAAUAAGCCAGCUGAACUGAUAGCUAAGUAUGUGGAUUCAAAACUUCGUGCAGGUAACAAAGAAGCUACAGAUGAAGAGCUUGAGAAAAUGUUGGAUAAGAUAAUGAUUAUAUUUAGAUUUAUCUAUGGCAAAGAUGUUUUUGAGGCAUUCUAUAAGAAAGAUUUAGCCAAACGCCUAUUAGUUGGCAAGAGUGCAUCAGUAGAUGCUGAAAAAUCAAUGCUGUCCAAACUGAAACAUGAAUGUGGAGCUGCUUUUACCAGCAAGCUUGAAGGAAUGUUUAAAGACAUGGAGCUUUCUAAAGACAUCAUGAUUCAGUUCAAACAGUAUAUGCAGAACCAGAAUGUACCUGGCAAUAUUGAAUUAACUGUAAAUAUCCUGACAAUGGGUUACUGGCCAACAUACGUGCCUAUGGAAGUCCAUUUGCCACCAGAGAUGGUAAAGCUUCAGGAAAUUUUCAAGACAUUUUACUUAGGCAAGCACAGUGGCAGGAAACUCCAGUGGCAGUCAACCUUGGGACACUGUGUGCUAAAAGCUGAAUUUAAAGAGGGCAAAAAAGAACUUCAGGUCUCUCUUUUUCAAACCCUGGUGCUGCUAAUGUUUAAUGAAGGAGAGGAGUUCAGUUUAGAAGAGAUCAAGCAAGCUACUGGGAUAGAGGAUGGAGAAUUAAGAAGAACGCUGCAAUCACUAGCUUGUGGCAAAGCUAGAGUUCUGGCUAAAAAUCCAAAGGGCAAAGAUAUCGAAGAUGGUGACAAAUUUAUUUGUAAUGACGAUUUCAAACACAAACUAUUCAGGAUAAAGAUCAAUCAAAUCCAGAUGAAAGAAACGGUUGAAGAACAAGCAAGCACUACAGAAAGAGUAUUUCAAGAUAGACAGUACCAAAUUGAUGCUGCGAUUGUCCGAAUUAUGAAGAUGAGAAAAACACUUAGCCACAAUCUUCUUGUUUCAGAAGUCUACAAUCAGCUAAAAUUUCCAGUAAAACCUGCUGAUCUUAAGAAGAGAAUAGAAUCCCUAAUUGACCGGGACUACAUGGAAAGAGAUAAAGAAAACCCAAAUCAGUACAACUAUAUUGCAUAGAAUGUUGGCCUUGGAACAUUUGUUGUCAUAAUGCCAUAGCCAAUGCAUAAACUAACUUGUUGAAUCUCAUGUUAUUUGACUUCUUUUAUACUUCCGAUGACCAAAUGAAGCAGUGUAAUGGGAAUAGUUGCGUGGACUUUUCUCAGUGGUUAACAUACCCAUUUUAAAGAGUAAUACUUAACCUUUAAGAAGAAUGUUGUUGAACUCUAUGCAUGUUAUUUAGUAUGAUGUGCAGAAAGUACCUGGGUCUUCAUGAUUCCUUUUGGAACUGGGGAAGAGAUCCCUAUGGCCAUUUAAAAGGGGAGGGUGAUUCUUACACAUCAUCAAUAAAGCAAAAGGUUUAUUUGCCUAAAAGUCAUUUAAAGAUACUUAAA